GGAAAGCCAGAUUUUCAGUUUACAUACUUAAGGACUAACACCAACUAUAGCUUUCUUUAGGCCGCAAGACAUGGAAAGAGUGUAGCUUGAAACAAAAAUCUUUGCUAAUAUCUUCAGACAAAAAUUGGAAAAUAAGAUUCCAUUAGUUUCUAGUUUGCAGAUCUUCUUUAACACUUCUGUAGUUAUGGAUACAAAGGCUAUGAUCAUUUUCGGAGUGGCGCUCUUCUUAGCUAUUAUCGACUUGGCGUUCACAGAUGACGGAAAAUUAGUGGAUUCAGACCAAUCUGAAAUUAAAAAGAGGAUGGCUCCAGAAAUAGAUUAUGAAGGAUACAACCCGUACAGCGAUCUAUCCGAUGAGGACUUGGCCGAGAUUAUCAAACGAGGAAGUCUACUUCGGUUCGGAAAACGUGGCAGCCUUUUGAGAUUUGGAAAGCGUGGAAGUCUGCUCCGGUUCGGCAAAAGGAGGUCAAUCCUGCGCUACGGAAAACGUUUCGAUGACCAAGACGAAAAUAUGGAAUUGCCCCUUGAAGAUUACGCCGACGCCGGAAGUGACGACAAAAGAGGAAGUUUAUUCCGAUUUGGAAAAAGGAGGGCUCUUUUCCGGUAUGGUAGGAGUGCAGACAAACCCCACACACCGUUCAGGUUUGGACGAGAGGAGGAAUAUUUAGAGAAAUAGACCUUAAAUUCCUAAAUAUAUACAUAUAUUUUUAAAACAGAAGAGACAUUCUGCGAUGACUCAUAGCUUAAAUGAUACCUUCAGAUGUCCAAUUGCAACAGAAAUACGAAAUGUAUAUAGAACCGAUUGCAUGCUAAUUAGUGUGUUCGAAAAUGUUUCCUCGAGAAUGACUACAGUAGUUUUCACCGGACUACUUUUUAAGUCAUAUAUAUCUGAUGUAUGAUUAUUAGAACCGGAAACGCGUAAGGACCCACAAUUCCUCGCGGAACAUGAACUUGUGAAGGCAGUUAGAUGUCUUGAAUCUGUGUACAUCAUUGCCAUAUUCCGGUUGGGGAAAGAACAUGAUGCCGCUCGUACUAUGUGGAUCUCGUGUGGAAAGAAUUGAUUUAAAAUUCGACAUUCGCUAGAAAAACAUGGUUAUCAUAUCUCAUAAAACUUUCAGCAGAAUCUCGAAACUUCAAAAUGUUUUAAUUAGAACGGUUAGAAUAUCUAGGAGAUAAAGUCAAUACGUAAGCGUGAUAAAGUGAUGACGUCACCGCAAUAUAUUGUUGUUUUUGUUUUCAGUGUCAAUUGUUUUGUUGGAGUGAUAUAUUGUAUUUAAUGUUCAAGAUACUGUCUGCUCACUAAACACUAGCAUUAUUUUAUUCAAAAAUUCCCGGUUUGUGAACUGCAGAAGCACGCCAUUUGAUCAUAAUGGUAUCUGCUAAUCAGCUAGAAUAAGGUAUUAUUUGUGAUCAAAUUCAACAAAUACAAAAAAAAAAUUGCAUGACGAAAUAAGGGCGUAAACUUUUAAAAAAUAUUUUUGCCAUAGAAGAAAAAUAAAUAUUUAGAAAUAAAUCCUUUAUACGUGUAUAUGAAAGUGUGUAUUCUUAAAAAAAUUCAAAAAUAUGUUACUCACAGUUAUAUACUGGUCAUGGUUAUCGGCGAUAUUGGCUUAUAUAGCGUACCUACGACGUCUCUAAUUGGUUAGUUAUGGGUCACGUGUUACUGUUUUUUGUCCCCAUUGUCCUAUACAGUGUGGUAUGUUAGGCGAUUUUGUUGAAGUUAACUGGUGAUGUCGACAAAAAAAGGAAAAUAAAGUUUAUAUUAUUGUAUGCUCUGCUU